CGUCGGCAGUCGGGCGGCCCCACAGGGGAGCAGCCGAGACCGAGGCAAACGGUGGAGAUUCUGUAGCGCGAGGAAAGCGGGGAAUCGUCAUCGCAUGACUGGACUCGAUCCCCUCUUUGUUCAGAAAUAUUACUGUGAAACCCUCUCCGCUCGACGCGAUUCCUCAUCAGUUGUUUCUCAAGAAGCAAUCUGCAAGUCACCAUGCCUGGAUCCAAAAAUGUCGUGCAGGUGCCCCAGUUAGGGUUCUGGGAGAAGGCGGAUCUCCCCUUCGUCCACGCUUCCGUUGUUGUCCAGGCUUUGUACGCUGCUAUCACUGGGUUCUUCCGUGGUAAAGCCAGCCCGAGGAAGUAUAGCCAUCAUGUUGCUGCUGCAGCUAUUCGCGGGAUGGUAAAUCGGAUCUCUAUUCGUCAGAAGCAAUAUCUCGACCCAACAACGCCGCAGACGUACCAUGCCGUGAUGCAGCGAAGAGGCCUGCAACCGGAGGCAGUCGAACUCCCCCACGACACAGAGGGAUACUGGCUGGGCAACAAGAAUGCAAAGAACGUGAUCAUCUAUUAUCACGGAGGUGGCUUCGCCAUGGCGGCCGGCGCCACACACUUUGAUUUCUGGCUAGACCUCCUCCAAGUCAUCAACGAGAACGGGCACGACGUCGCCGUGUUUUUCCCUCGGUACACACUCACCCCACACGAAGUCUACCCAACCCAGUUACGCCAGGCCGUCGGUGCACUCCGAUACAUCCUCACCGACACCGGACGGGCUCCGUCUAACGUGAUCGUCGGUGGUGACUCGGCCGGUGGAAACCUUGCCAUGGCGGUGCUGCUGCACCUGUCCCACCCGCAUCCUGCUAUCGACCCGAUUACCUUGUCGAGUCCACUGGCUGGCGUGUUUGGGUAUGCGCCGUGGAUUAAUUUCAGCCAAGACUGGCCCUCGUUCAAGGAUAAUGUUUCUCGGGACGUUCUCACUGAUCGGGCUUUGUUGAGGUGGUCGAAUGCUUAUCUUGAUGGUAAGCCGGGUGAUAGUUGGAGUGAGCCGGGUCGUGCGCCGGCGGACUGGUGGCAGGAUGCGAAGACGGAGCAGAUCUUAUUGUUGGCGGGCGGUGACGAGCUUUUGCUGAGUUCUAUUGAGUCUUUUGCGAAGAAGGUCAAGUCGGCUUUCCCGAAUACUACGUUCGUUGUUGGAUACGACGAGUCUCAUGAUGCUCACUUGUAUGUCGAAGCAGGCUCAAAGGAGGGCACACAAACCAGCAGAGAGCUGCGGCAAUGGAUUGCUUCUCGUCUGUGAACCCAGUUGGGGGGCAAGAUGUAUAAUUCAGGGUCGUGCUUGUCUCAAUGGAUUUAUAGGCCCUAUGCACAUAACAUAGGAUAAUUCAGGAAACCAUUCACAGUUCAUAUUUGACAAACGUUGAUAGUAUUCAGUCUGAUCCAUGAUAAGAUCAUGUCGAUGCCAAGAUCAAGAUUCUGUCGUACGGAG